UGGCUUGUGCUCCGGCUGGCUGAGGCCGCGCGCCUGGCAGCUGUGACGCGCUGGGCACGUGACUGCGGGAGCUGGAUAAAUGUCUUUUGAGAGCUUGGAGGGGAAAGAGUUAGAGGCUCGCACGGGACUUGGACGCGUUCUGGACCGUGCGCAAAGGGGUCUCACGAAAUAAAACAGGAAGAAAACAAGCAAGCAGAAGAGUUCAACUAACCGAUAACAACGUCGACGGAUUCCUCUCUUUUUGUUUUCGUUUUGUUUCCAACGGCUGGCCAGAAUCUUGCCGGGGAAUGCAGCUGUGUGCGCCCACUGCACAGUUUCUCACGGCCCCGUCGCGCAGCGCGCAUUGCAACUGAACUCAUUUUGCGCAUUUGAUGUUUUGCAAAAGAGGCUGCGCGUGAAGGCGGACCGGGGAUUCGCUGGUGCCGCAGCUUCGGUGGAGGAGGUGUUGGUGUCAGCGUUGGCAGGGGAGGGGGGGGGUCGACAUAGGGAACUGGGGGGACGCUCGGAAGAGGAGACAUUCCAACGAUGACUUUAGGGACGGAGAUGUCCGACAAUUCCGUUCUGUCUGAGGAUGUGGAUAUAGACGUCGUUGGGGACAUGAGCGUCGUCAAAGACGGAAAGUACCAUGAUGAUUUCCACUCGGACAACGACUCGGACGACAACUCGUCCCGGAACGCGGGGGAGGGCGCCCCUUCGCCGGCCCUGAGCGGCUCCGAAUGCACUUCGGCGAGAGGGGGUGGAGGAGGGGGUGAGAAAGCAGGCAAGAACACCCUGGUGAAGCCCCCGUACUCCUACAUCGCCCUCAUCACUAUGGCAAUCUUGCAGAGCCCCAAAAAGAGGCUGACGCUCAGCGAGAUCUGCGAGUUCAUCAGCAACAGGUUUCCCUACUACCGGGAGAAAUUCCCCGCCUGGCAGAACUCCAUCCGGCACAAUCUCUCCCUCAACGACUGCUUCGUCAAGAUCCCCAGGGAGCCGGGCAACCCAGGGAAGGGCAACUACUGGACCCUGGACCCGGAGUCCGCUGACAUGUUCGACAACGGCAGCUUUCUGAGGAGGCGAAAGCGCUUCAAGAGGCACCAGUCUACCGAAAUCCUGCGGGACCCCAAUAGCUUCCUGCCCGGAUUCGGGUACGGACCAUACGGGUACAAUUACAGCAUCCAGCUGCAGAAUUAUCACCACCACCACGGCGGCGCAUUCCCCUUCCAGCCCCCGCAGUGCGCCCUGCCGUCUCCGGCCUCCAUUUUCCAGGCACCGCACAUCCCGUCCCUGCUGGGCAGCGAGUUGACGAGGAAACCCUUCUACCCCCAGCUCAGCCCGACGGUACCCAGCCUGCAGCCCUUGAAAGCGGACAGCAGCGGUCAGGCGAGGCCGUCCUUUUCCAUAGACAACAUUAUCGGGGUCAGCAGCGCGGCGAGUACUCCGGCCUCUCCGUACCCAUCUCAGACGGGCAGCCAGGCGCAGAUCCUGGCAGUACUGACCCCGGCACUUACGUCCGCCUCAAGCCACUUAAACCUGCCUCACGAAAACCUUCUCCAGUCUGCCGGCGGACAGGCUUUCUCCAGUAAAAUCACAAACCUUAACAGCUGUCAUUUUUAAAAGCAAAUAUAUAUAUAUAUAUCACACAAUCAAAAACUUGUCUUUCGUCCUGUAUCCUAUGUGAAGGUAGGAUUUAAACACUUUUUGCGGCUCUGCAGAUCACUUAACUAUUUUUCUUUUCCCCUUUUUUAAAAAAAAAGUUAAAAAAAA